AUAUGCAUGCUGCCGAUGUAAGGGGGGACAAAGAGAGCUGCAUUAUGCAUGCAUGAGUACGCUGCCCAUAGCUGCGAAUGCCGAGGAUACCCCUGCUUUUUCGAGUGCUAUAAAUAGCUGUGGGUGUCUGUGUGUAGUCUGUGUAUGGAGAGAUGUGGAAGGAGGCACCUUAUUUUUCAUGUGUGUGCCAUAAAAUUAAUACCAGCUAAUGAAUUUCAUUUUUUUCAUACAUGCAGCCAGUCGCAGGGGCUUGUUUGUGUAUGUAUCUGUGCAUAUAAGCUUCUGGAAUUGGAGCUCCGGUCUGAUCAAGGUUAAAAAUUCAACAGAGUCCGGCAUGGUAUUCAAAGCUGGAAUAUAUUAGUAUGGUUUUCCCAUACAAAGCCUCCAGGGGGGUACAGGGAUAAUUUUGCGAGUGUGUCCACUAUAGUCGGGCAUGGUUCUGCAGACAUGUGUGUGUGUUUGUGUGUGUAUGUGUGAGAUUUGUAUACUGAAGGAAAGACAGGGAAAGAAAUGGAGAGAGCAGGUUAGAGAGGGCUAGUCAGUGAAUUUGGGCAGAAAAUUUGCUGGUAGAAGGUUGCAGGAAGCCGGUUGGCUGACAGAGUGCCUUUGCUGCAUAGCUAGCUGUAGGUAGUAUGGUGGAGUUGAGGUCUCUAGCUCACAAGCCAUACCAUACAAUAUUGUAUGUUCAUGUAAGGCAUGAAUGAAGACAGAGCUGCUCAAAAGCUUGGGCUAGUAUGACGGACGGACGUGGUAUAUUUACUGACGCCCUGGUUCAUUACAUUCACCUUGUACACUGUAUAGAUUGAGGGUAAUCUUUGACUUUGGCACAGGCAGACAGCCAGGCCAAGCCAGGAUAGGCUAGCCAGCUCCAGAACAGAAGGGUGUACCAGAGGUGUGCAUGCAUGGGAUUUUAUUUGGAAUAAACACAGCUGUCUUGGACUUUGGUAUAUUUACUUGGAUUUAUCAUGAGAUACAAAUACGUUUUUGAGGCCUGCGAAUCACAGAGACUGUGCUAUAUCUGCUUGAAACCUUGAUGAGCACACAGUACCUUAUAAUUUGCUUUUGGAGAUUAUUAGGACCAUAUGAAGAGCUACAUUUGCUUAGCGUGUACCGUUGUUAAUACAAGUUUGCUUCAUUUGUUGUUCGUGUCUUUCAACAAUAACAUUAACAAUAUUGCAUCAUAGAUGAAGGCUUGUGCCAUCAUCCACACAUUUUUGUCUCAUUGUGGAUUCUUGUAAUGCCAGGACUUUCAUUUCUACCAACUUUGAACAGCACUGACUAUAGUUCAGACUUGAUGAAAAUAGCAUAAAUAUGUUUCAUAUAUUUCAAGCAGUUGCAAUUGGAAAUUGCUAAUCGUGUCAACAGAAACUAGCCCCAGCUCCAUGUGGACAUUACUUCCGUCUUGGAAAUCUAGCUUUGAUUGUUGAGGGGGGGACAGACGAAACAAAAAAAACCCAGGCCAUCCCAUAAAUCUUAAUUCAUCGAAAACAUAAGCCAGGGUCUACCCUUAGAGAGAGAGAGAGGGAGAGGGAAUAGAGAAGACAAAAAGUGAGAGCGUAUGAUGUGUAUGGCUCUCACUGUCAGCUGAGAGAAGACUGUAGCCUACUCAUUGUGCGGUGUGAAACUAUGAAUUGCAUUGGAUAGCUGCCAAAGAAGGAGGGGAUUUCUCUUCUCUCCACUACUACUACUACUACUACGACUACACUCCAGACAGCUGUGUGUAGGGAGGGAUGUGUGUGUCCUGCGUGCCGCCGCAAAGCAGUGCACCACGUCUAGUAUACCGGUGGUGCUGUGUAUGUACCGUCCAGUUAUACAUGUGCCUGCCCUGUUUUAUAGGCUUUUUUAUUUAGAUGGGCAUUUAAAAAUACCAUGCAGACCUCCCUAUCCUUGGUAGAUAUCGAAGAGCCCCUCCCCUUUUUGUAGAGCACAUAGUAAAGACCCUGUAGGAAUACACACAUAUGACCGGGAUAGAACUUGAAACUAGGCUUGGCACCGGUUCAUGUUAAUGUUUUGAAAGCAUAUUUGUUGUGUGCCUUUGCUUUGGCAGUGUUGUCAGGUACAUGCCAUCAAACUCAGGGUUCAUUCGCUGGCCAGGGUUCUAAUAUUAAGUCGCCUCCCCUGCCUGCCUGCCUGCCCAAACAUGACUGUUGUUAUUGUUAUACAUGCAAACAUCGCCUGGGCUGGGCCCCUGUAAAAUGUGCACAAUGCUCUAAAGCUGUCCAUGCAAUGCUUUUAUAGGGGGAGAGGUCGAAUUAUAAGCUUCUUUAAUACAACAGACAUCGCUCUAUAGAAAAUGACCCAGAGACUCUAGAGGAUUAGCUGUCCACCCAUCACAUUCAUCGGUCAAGCGUGGGUAUUUAGUGGUCAAGGUAUUUGCAUAACAAGUACAGUGGACCGGGUCCUUGGUGCUGAAGCCACGGGUCAAGCUGACCGCUGUAGACUCGACUGGACAUUUGUUCUGGACCAUCAUCACUUACAGUGGAUAUAAAUAUAUACCGGUAGGCUUGUAUGCCAGGGACGAACAGGAUAAACUUUAUGAGUGCCAAGUUGAGACCUAAAAGCGGAGAAAGAAGGACUGUUAGGCGUCAACUCGUUUAGGGCAGUGCGAGCUUUCCAGCAGGUCCUCUACAUUGAUCCUGGGUUCAGCCGAGCCAAUGAGGUACAUCUGCGCCUGGGUCACAUGUUCAAAGUGAACUCGGACUUUGAUUCAAGUCUCAAGCAUUACCAGUUGGCUUUGAUCGACAAUAGCCCCUGCACCCUCUCCAAACCUCAAAUUAAAUUUCAUAUAGCACACUUGAAUGAGGUGCAGCAGAACAAACACAAGAACGCCAAGGAAUCGUACGAAGCCAUCCUGCUUCAGGACCCUCUACCGGAAGGCCUGAAAGCGACAACAUUCAGACAACUCGGUUGGCUGUACCACAGCUCAGACCAGCUUGGUGACAAGACCUCCAGGGAAACCCUGGCCAUCCAGAACCUCCUCAAGUCCCUUGAAGUUGAGCCCAACAGCGGCCAGUCCUGGUACCUCCUGGGUCGCUGCUACUCCAACAUCGGCAAGGUGCAUGAUGCCUUUGUCUCCUAUCGCCACUCCAUAGACAAGUCAGAGGCCAAUGCAGACACCUGGUGCUCAAUAGGUGUCUUAUACCAGCAGCAGAACCAGCCUAUGGAUGCACUGCAGGCCUACAUCUGUGCCGUGCAGCUAGACAAGUCCCACACUGCAGCGUGGACCGAUCUGGGCAUCCUAUACGAGGCCUGCAAUCAACCCAGGGAUGCCCUGACGUGUUACAUCAACGCUUCCAAGAGCUCCAAGGUAGCAGUGGCAGCAGCACUCUCCAAGCGGAUUAAACUCCUGCAGGCUCAGGUCAACAGCAUGCAUCAUCCUAAUAUGCAAAACAAAAGUAAGACACUGCCUAGUAUAGAGGAGGCAUGGAGUCUUCCUAUUCCAGCUGAGCUUACCUCUAGACAAGGCAACCUUGCCAUUCAACAGGCCCGUUUGCUGCAUCCUGCUGGAGGCACCAAAAUGAUGCCCCCUCCCCCGUACCCGGGUCACGGUGCAAACAGCCAGUUCGGUGCCACCCUUCCUGGCACCGCUGGCCAACCCAACAGCACCCCAUCCUCUCAAGCUCAGGUCAACGCCCAGCCAGGCAACCCAAGCAAGCGCAGGAAAAACUCAAACAGCAAGAAAAAACCUCGGUCUUCCACCUCCGUCGCUGAACUGCUGCAACAACAACAACUGCAGCAGCAGCAACGAGAGCAGCAACAGCAACAGCAGCAAGCAGGCAGCCUGGCGACACCUCAGCAACCACAGCCAUUGCAGUCGACGGGUCAAGGAACCCUUCCCGGCCUGCCCAACAGCGCCAGGAGCACACCCGAACCAAUACGGGAUGGCAGCAGUGGGAUGCAACAGCCACAGCCUUCGGUGAACCAGCAGCAGCAGCAGCAGCAGGUCUCGACACCCUCGUUCUACCUGACAGCACAGCAGAUCCAGUUGAUGCAUCAGCUGCAGCAGAACCAGGGAAGCCUCACCCCGGAGCAGCAGAUAGUCCUGCAGCAGUUCCAACAUAAUUUCUGGAUGAUGCAGCAACAUCAGCAGCAGAUGCUGAAGAUCCAACAGAUCCAGAGGCAUCAGCUACCGCUCUCGCAAUCCCCCUCGCUCCCCCACCAGGGUGGUCCACCCGCUGGCACACCCACCUCAACCAUGCUGCAUGGGCUCACACCAGGGGAUCCCCACAUCACCACAGCAGCCCAAUCCGUCAGUAGCCUUAUCAACCAGACUAGUAUCAACACCUUGCCGGGCUCAGUGAAUUCCAUGGGAAACGGUAUCCCGAACAUGACGACACAGCCUGGAAAUGCCUCGAGCACAGUUGCCAGUUUGUUGCAGCAGCAUCAGCAACAGCAGCAGCAACACGGUGGUAGCCAGCAGGGUCUUAAUGCGCUUGCCCAACAGCACCAGGAUGUGAACGUCCUGCAGUCCGUCUCGCCAGACUUUUUCCAUUUGCAGAAAUCGCAGCAACCUCAGGAGAUGUCUCAUGGUCUGUUCAAUAACCAGCUCCUCGGCAGCCCCAUGCAUUCAGGGACAUCACAGGUAUCUUUAUCAGGAGUGUCCUCUCCGCUGCAUACCCCUAAGGGGUUACUUUCCCCUGUGUCCUCAAAUUCAAUGAGCCCUCGUCAUGUGGGGAGUUCCCCUGCCUCACAGAACAUGCUGGAUUUUCCUGCUCCAAAUGUGGUCGCCCCUCAGAACCUUGACAUGAGCCACAAACUCAAGGAGUUUAAAUCCAGAACUGGCGCAUCGGAAAUGAGACCGAACCUCAUGUCGCCGCAGGAAAUUGCUGACAACAUGCUCGCGCAGCUCUCGCAGGGAGAUCCUGCCAACAAGCCUGCGACCUCUUCCGCGUACGGGUCAUCCCCGACAAAUCGGACUGCUCAUUCUUUACCGAGCCAUGCUCAAAACAGGACAAACCUAGACAUGCCUUGUGGCGUGAGUAGUGCCGCGAGUGGGUUGCCAACGAGUGUGGACGGCACGAAAGACAAUGUGUUUAAGACGCCGCUUCCUGUUUCCACACCCAACCAGUUUCAAGCAUCAUUCCAGUCGGCUCUCGCUGAGAAGCAAGCGGCCGGGACAACAAAUAGCACGUCCUUGUUGGAUGGACUUCGGUGUUCAUCAGAGCUUUCCAGUGAUCUUCAAGACACACAGGGUAACAGGCAACGAGUCGAGGAUGGAGAGGUUCUGCAACAGAACCAUGUCUCUGACAACCACUUUGAUCAGGUCCUGAAUGUGAACACUUCUCUCAACUCUGCCACCGUCAAGUCCCUGACGUCCGCCCCAUCUCCGUCAUCCCUCUCCAUUUACGUCAACUCCGCCAAGAUCCUGGAGGAGUGCCGCAAGCUGAAGGGGCGCAACGGCCUGGCCAACAGCAGCAUCUGGAUGGAGAAGAUGCCCCCUCCAGCCCCGCCCCAGAUCCCCUAUCCACCCCUCCCCAAGGAUCAACUGAACCCGCCCACUCCCAGUGUUUAUGUCCAAAACAAGACCGAGGCCUACUCGCAAGCCCUGGCAGACUAUUGCAUGUCUGCAGAUCAGCCCAUCACGGUCAUCCGGGGACUGGCCGCCGCACUCAAGCUGGACUUGGGUCUCUUCUCCACCAAGACGCUGGUGGAGACGCACGGCGACCAUCCUGUAGAGGUCAGGUCACAGAGGCAGCAACCUCCCGAUGAGAACUGGGACGCACUGGGCCUGAAGAGGGUUUGGCGAUGCGAGAGCAGUCGGUCCUUCACCACCAUCUCCAAGUAUGCCCAAUACCAGGCUUCCUCCUUCCAGGAGUCUCUCAGGGAAGAGGCAGAGAAGAACCAGAAAUACAAUUCAGAUAGUGACUCAUCAAGUACAUCAAAAAAAAAAAGAAGCAUUCUGGUGGGAGAGAAUUCAAAAUGCUCAAGUUCGGGACCAACGUGGAUUUGUCUGACGAGAGGAAAUGGAAGAAACAGCUCCAGGAGCUGACCAAACUCCCGUCAUUCACGAGAGUGGUAUCAGCAGGUAACAUGCUGAGCCACAUAGACUUCACCAUCCUAGGCAUGAACACCGUACAACUCUACAUGAAGGUGCCGGGGAGUAGAA